UUCCCACAUUUUCAGGUCUUCCAGAAGAAUGGCAAACAUUUUAUGAAGCGUACGAAAGCACCACAGCCGAAUUUGGAUAUAACAGCCUCCACAACAUUAUGCGCCUCAGAGAUGCUAUCAAGGGUCGAGCCAGAGAAACCGUCGAAUCGCUGCUAGGUAAUUCUGCCAACGCCGACACCAUUAUACGAACGCUGCUUGAAACCUUUGGUCGUCCGGAACAGCUGAUUAGAAGCCAAAUUGAGAAGGUUCGUGCCAUUCCACCUUUAGCCAAUGACAACCUGGAAGCCCUGGUAAACUUCGCCAACAAAAUCUCGAACAUGGCCACAUUUGUGAAGAACGUGAAGGAAGAUCACCAUCUUUCCAACCCUUCAUUGUUGAGCGAACUGGUCGCUAAACUUUCCACAAGCCGCCAAUUGCAGUGGGCCGAAAAAUGCCUCCAAUUACAACAACCAGCCACCAUAGUUGACUUUGCAGAAUGGCUAUCAGUACUGCGUCGCCUGGCCAAUAUCGUCCAUGACAACUUGCCGUCAACUUCGACCAAUGCCGCAUCAAACCGCCGCCAUUUUGCUGCUACUGCACCGCCACCAAACCGAAAAUACGUCAACGUCACUGUCAGCCAAUGUCCAGUAUGUAAGGGUGAGUGCACUAACAUAAAACACUGUACAGAAUUUUUAAACAUGUCCAUCGACAAAAGAUGGAACACUAUAAAAGGGCUCAAGAUUUGCUUUUGUUGUUUAAAACGUGGACAUCAAGUUAAAUUUUGCCACACAAAACGCCGUUGUGGCGUUAAUGAUUGCCCAAAGCCACACAACAAUUUAUUGCACAGUACACUUUCACAACCACAACCGGAGCCAGCGACCGAGCCAACUCAUUUGUCCACGACGGGUGGGACACAAAAUAACCGCACGGUCACGUCCGAAGCACAACGACCACAAACCGAAAGACGAAAUUGCCAUGCAGCUCAUUCUCCCGAUAAUGUGCUUUUCCAGAUUUUACCCAUAACUUUGUAUGGGCAGCACAAAACAAUAAGCACUUACGCCUUUAUUGACGACGGCGCCAACGUUUCUAUGCUGGAUCUGGAAAUAGCACGAGAACUUGAACUCCAUGGAGAACCUGAGCACUUGGAGCUGCAAUGGCUUAAUACUCACCGCGUUACACAGAAAACGGAAAAAAUUCGCGUGACCAUCAGUGGAGUUGGCCAGUUUAACAGAAAAUACUUACUUUCCAAUGUUUACGUUUCAUCGGAUAUGUCAUUGCCAGUACAGAGUUGCCAUAUAGCUCAUUUUAUGAAAUCCCAAAAAAGUGACAAAAUCGCCAAUUUAAAUAUGCGGGAUUAUUCUAAUGUUCAACCAAAAAUGAUUUUAAGCUUAACCGAUUCUUUCCUAACAGUUCCCAUUGAGACGCCUACACUUUUAUCCGAAUUUGGACCCAUUGUGUCAACCACCAGAUUAGGCGCUGUUAUAUAUGGACCAAUUCCUGGUGAAGAACCAACAAACAUAAAGAGGGCUUUACACGUAAGGAAGUGUGUGUACCAAAAUGAUGUUUUGAAGAAGUUGAGCGAUAUGAUGCGUGGUUAUUUUGAUGUGGAGACCCUUGGAACCAAAAUACCCGUGAAACCUAUAAAAUCCAAAGAAGAUGAGAGAGCAAUGGGCAUAUUGGAAACAAACACAAAGCAAGUAAAUGGCCGAUAUGAAUGUUCGUUGUUGUGGAGAGAAGAUGUGAGACCGAUCCCUGACUCAUACAACAUGGCUUUGAAUCGUUUGUACUCUGUGGAACGUAAGAUGGCAAAAGACAGUGAGUAUAAAAUGGAAUAUUGCGAUAAAAUAGCAGAUUAUGUUAAAAAAGGAUAUUGCCGUAAAUUAUCGGAUGAAGAAAAAUCUAUAAUGCGCGAACGGACCUUUUAUUUGCCCCAUUUUGGUGUAAUAAAUCCAAAUAAAAAAGGAAUUCGGCUGGUUUUUGAUGCGGCGGCCGAGGUUAUGAACUUCUCAUUAUACAAAGCCUUACUUCCUGGUCCUGACAUUAAUAACUCAUUAAUUUCAAUUCUUUUUAAAUUUAGAGAAUCCCCCAUUGCUGUAUGUGGUGACAUACAAGAGAUGUUUCACCAGAUCGCCAUUGCCAGGAAAUACCAAGAUAGCCAAAGAUUUCUGUGGAGAGAUGGCAAUCCUGAUCAGCCUGUGGACACUUAUGUUAUGGAAAGGCUUAUUUUUGGAGCCACCUGUUCACCAACCAUUGCCCAAUAUGUCAAGAAUAAAAAUGCGACAAAAUACAUCGAAAAGUCACCAAGAGCCGUCCAUGGUAUCAUCGAACGUCAUUAUGUGGAUGAUUAUGUCGAUUGUUUCGAAACUGAAGAUGAAGCCCUUAAUGUUGUUCGCGAAGUGGUAAGGAUCCAUAAAUCCGGUGGUUUCCAUCUUCGCAACAUAAUAUCCAACAGUGAACGAGUGGCAAUACUAUGUGGUAAUAAUCCUGGCAAUGGCGAGAACAGUGGCAACUUUCUUUUUGAUGACAGCAUAGAACGGGUACUCGGUAUUCAUUGGGCACCAAAGACAGAUGAUUUUUGUUUUCAUUUGCGUUUGGCCAAAGUGGACAAAAAUAUAUUAAAUUUUAUAAAGGUGCCAACAAAAAGGGAGAUGCUCGGCCUAAAUAUGUCCGUAUACGACCCAUACGGAUUCCUGUGCGACUUUAUGGUGACGUCAAAGGUGCUAAUGCAGAAGGUCUGGAAAUGUGGGAUUCUUUUACGGUGCUACAGUGGAUUCGGUCAGAUCACCGAAAAUACAAGCAAUAUGUGGCAAAUCGUGUGGCUGAGAUAUUGGACGGCAGCAGCAUUGAACAAUGGAGGUGGUGCCCUGGUAACGAGAACACUGCAGACGAAGGAACUCGCUCAAAACUGUUCAAGCCAUAUGAACCCGAAGGACGUUGGAAAAAUGGACCAACGUUUUUGCUGAAGGCGGAAUCGUAUUGGCCGAGUGAGGUGCACAAUCAAAUGAAAAAGGAUGAAAGUGGCUCAGAACUGCGAUCCAAGCACAGAGUUCUGGUGGCUCA